AAAUAAAUAAAUAAAUAAAUAAAGACUUUCUCUCUCACACAGACACCGCUUCACGUCUUACACACACCACUGUAAAAAUUUCGUUCCUUCAUUUUCCGUCGAAAAUUGAAUUGAAAAUUCAGAGUGGCAACAAAACAAAGGCUAACAUAUCACUGAAAGUGAAUGCCUUUUCAAAGAGAUCAAGAUACAUUUUGAUUCUUUUCUAUAAACUGAGAAGUUGAAGGCUUCUUUUCUUCUUUUUUGGCGGAACAGAGGAGGAGAAAUGCCGUUGACGAGGUACCAGAUAAGGAAUGAGUACAGCUUGGCCGAUCCGGAGAUUUAUAGAGCUUCCGACAAGGAUGAUCCCGAGGCUUUACUUGAAGGCGUCGCUAUGGCUGGCCUCGUUGGUGUUUUGCGCCAACUCGGUGACCUUGCCGAGUUUGCUGCUGAGAUAUUCCAUGACUUACAUGAAGAUGUAAUAGCAACUGCUGCAAGAGGCCAUGGUCUAAUGGUUCGAGUCCGACAACUUGAGGCUGAGUUCCCUUCCAUUGAAAAGCCAUUUUUAUCACAAACCAAUCAUUCAUUAUUCUUUACUAAUGCAGGUGUUGACUGGCACCCUAAUAUGCGCACGGAACAUAAUCUGAUUACUCGUGGAGACUUACCUCGCUGUGUGCUGGAUUCUUACGAGGAAUGUCGAGGCCCUCCACGGUUAUUCCUUUUGGACAAAUUUGAUGUUGCGGGUGCUGGGGCAUGUUUAAAGCGUUACACUGAUCCAUCAUUCUUUAAAGCAGAAUCAGCUUUCCCUGGAAUUGAACCAGUAGAAGGUCAGAGGGGAAAGAAAGCCCGUAAAGUGAAGAAAAAAGGAUCAAGAUGGAGGAAUGAAGGGACACCAGAAUUUGCACUGGCAUCGCAUGCCAAAUUGCAUCAACUGUUUUUGCAGGAGCGUAUUGAGAAUGCCUACAAUGACCCUGUUUGUCUUGUAAAACUAAAAAGAAGGCAAUUGAAUGAAUUUCCACUUGACCCAAAAUCUGGGAAAAGCUACAUGGAGAAAUUCCUGGAGACUCCUUCCCCGGAGCAUAAAGCAGUUUAUGAGACCUCUGGUGUUCCACAACCUCUGAGAUUGACAUCAAAUCAUUCUAAUGAAUCAGGUCCUGAAAUACAUGAAAUUAGUAAAGAGAGUCCUGUGAAGAAUUCUUCACUUGGAAAGGAAAUCUCAAGUUCUUCGCCUACUGUACUAAUCCAGAAAUCAUCCAUGGAAAAGUUGAAUGAAGAAGUCAUCGACAGAGAGAUUGUAGAAGUGUCUGAACCAACAGGUAAUUUCACAGAUAAGAUCCCCCUUCCCCUUCAUAAAGAAACAGUUGAAAAGGAAAUAAUAGUAGAUGGAGAAGGCAGAAAAGAAUGCAGUACAGAUGGGGAUCAUUCUGAUGAUAUGAUCAGUGAGGUUGACAAUUACACGGAUGCCCUUACAACCAUGGACUCUGAAAUGGAUACAGACAAUGAAUACAGAUCUAAGAAUGACAUUGCCUUCAUAAAUGUUGGAAAAUGCCAAACAGGUUCUGAUGCAAAUGAAGAAAAGCUUGCGGUGCAAGCCCAUUCAUCAGAUUCUCAAUCAUUUGGGAUCUCCUCUGAAUCAGAUGAUGGUAACAGUUCGUUCAAGAAAGGAAGAUCUAGUUUUUCCAACUCUGAUAGUAUGGACAAUCUGGCUGAAGAUAUGGUGUCAGAUGGUGAAGAAGCAGCUAAACUGUCCCCUUCUAUUAAAAACCAUGUUACAGAGAUUGUUGAGGAAUCGCCCAUCCAGCUUCCUGCAUGUUCAGAGAUACACCAUUCCAGUUCUGAUAAGGUUUUGCUGCCAAAAGAUACUGUUGAAUGUAGGCUUCCUGAUCACGGAGAAGUAUCUGACAGUUCAAGUCGUGAAGAUUUUAAUUCCACACAUGUUUUGUUGGAUCAAGCCAACUACAUGGCAGCUUCUUUUCUGGAAAAGAAACUUGAUGAAGUGCCCUCUAAUAUUGUUACUACUAAUUCUGAUUUGUCAGACAGUGACGAUGGAGAAUAUUUUGCAGAUUCUUCAAAAGUCAUUUGUGCUGGUUCGUCUGAGAAACAGGAGGUUUCUUUGACCACUCUUUCUGCUGAUGAAAGCCUUCCCCAAGAUGAGUUGGACAGUGGAGGCACAAAUAUCUCUUCUGAUUCUUUGCCACAUUUAUCAAACAUUUUACAGCUUGCUCCUGAAAAGAGGAGUGGUAAUGAUCAUGAAGUUGUUAAAACAGAUUUUACUAGAGAAAGUUGUGAGGAAAAUUCAGUCAACCAAAUAACUGAUUCACGAUAUCCAAUAACUUCAACAACAGAGCAGCUCCCUUGUUCAACCUUGGGAGAAAUAGAAAGAGAUGCAGGUAUUACACUACCACCUGAAGGUUCGGAUGUUAUGGAGCCUGUCAACUUAGCUUAUGAGGUCAAUGAUGCUACUUCAGAAGCUGUUCUGAACUUGGAAUAUGUGAUUCCUAUGCCAAAUACUUCAGAGACUUGUGGCUUUAAUGAACAGAAACUUUCAGACAUAUUACCUGAUGAUCCUAACUCCAUGGUGGUAGGAGCUUCAUUUCAUGAAAAGAAACACAAUUUUAAUGAAUCAUUUGAUGCUUCAGAGGGAGAAGAAACUAGGGAAUUUCCCUGCAGUGUGGCUUCGGUGGAAGGAGAUGCUAACCUUUCUGAUCUUCCAUCUCAUGUUGCUGAUAAUUUGGACAUCAAGGAUCAUGUGAGCUUAGAUGAUCUGGCUACUGGAAAUGCUCUUGCAGAAAUUGUUGUCGUCUCUACUGCUGCUUGUGGUUCUGCUGACUUUGAUGAUGCUGUUGAUAAUACUACUUUUCAGACUUCAAAUUUGAUUGGUUCGGCAUCUGGAAAUCUAAUGUAUUUGGAAGAGUCUCCUUCUGGUGAUGGAGAUCUAUGUCAGGAAGAAUUGGAAUCUAAUGAGGUUAUUUCUCAAGGAUGUCUUACAGGCUUAGAGACACGAGAAGAAACAAAUCCAGUAGAAGGUGCUCCAGCAGAUAUAGUUUCCACUUCAUGCAAAUCAGUCUCUCACAACUGUUCCAAUUUAGAAGAUGACAGUCAGUAUUUAUCACCGGUUCAACCAACCAAAAAUCGUUUGACUUCCAUUGAUAUAACCGCAACACCAACUUCUUUAGAAUUGAGUAAUCAAGAGUCUGAAUCAAAAAAUUUGAGUAAGCUGAUGAAAAAAAGAGCAGAUAUGGUGUCUUCACCAAGUCAUUGCUUAUCAGAAAAAGAAACUUCUUUCGAGCAGUCCUUAGACUUCCCUACAAGUCAGCAUGAUAUGGGAAGCCUGGAUAUAGUUGAAGAUAGUUCCAAUAUUUCACCUCUCCUGUCCAAUCAGUUACAAAAUUCUUUUACUCAUUCCGACCAAGGCUUUUCAAGUAAACCUUCAUUGGAGUUUUCACAGCAAUCAGAUUGGCAAAGUAAGCAAGAAAGAUAUCCAUCAGGUUCUAUUCAUCCUGCCUUUGGCCUGAUUCCAGAGGCAACCAAAGUUAGCAUGGAGGAAAUGCCUCCAUUGCCGCCUCUUCCUCCAAUGCAGUGGAGGUUAGGGAGAAUUCAACAUGUUUCUCCAGCUUCACAAAGAGAAUUGGUCGAACAGGGUCAGGGGUCAUUCCCAGUGAUGCCACAAUGUGGAACUGAUGGGAAACUGCAGUUUGGUUUAUCAGCAUUAGAGAAAGCAAUUGAACAGCCCAAAAACCUGUUUUUACCCAUAGUGGAUGGUGAAGAGAGGUCUGGUCAUGUGUCUAAUCAAUUGGCUGUUGAUUGCAUGCAGCUCCCUGGUCCUUUUUCUAAGCACCCUCCAGCUAUGGGUAGCGACACUAAUAGCCAAUUCAAUGAUACCUGGCUGGAUAGAACACACUCAAACUCAUAUUAUACUUUGCCUGUAAUAUCAAAUAAAAGCAUUGAGUGUGAUUCCAUUGCGAUGGAAGACGAUAGGGUAGAAACCACUUACUCAUCACUGAUGCCAGCUACUGAUACAACUUCAAGACAUAUUACCAUUGUAUCUUCACAUGAGAAAAUAACACAUCCUCCAGACCAGUUUGUACCGGAUAUAGGUUUGGAAGGUGGGGCAUAUCAGCACCCUGCACAAAAUUCCAGGAGAGAGGAGAGGAAUCUUCCUAAUAUAUCUGUGCCCCUGCCAGUUAAGAGAGAGGAGCAUAUACCAAGCAAGGUAGUGGAGGAUCUUUCAAUGGAAGUAGAACAACAGUUUCCAACCAAAGUAGAGGAGCAGCCUCAACAUGGUUUGGCAGUUUCAGAGGGAGAAUCUUCGCAGAUAUCAAAUGCCAUUGUUAAGCAUGGUUUGGCAUCUCCAGAGGUAGAUAUUGCACAGACGUCAAAUACAACUGCGCAGCAUGAGUUGUCAACUUCAGAGGGAGCAGCAGUGUGGCCAUCAAUUAUGCUUGCUCUAUCACCAGUUGUUGAAGAUGAAAACUCGAAUGGCAAUCCAACUGUGAAGCUUCCUCGACCUCGCAAUCCUCUCAUUGAUGCUGUUGCUGCUCAUGACAAGAGCAAGUUGAGAAAGGUAACGGAGCGGAUUCACCCUCCAGUCAUUCCAAAGGUAGAUGAAAGAGAUUCGUUGCUGGAACAGAUACGAACAAAGUCCUUCAACUUGAAGCCUGCUGUGGUUACCAGACCCAGCAUUCAGGGUCCUAAAACCAACUUAAGAGUAGCAGCAAUCUUGGAGAAAGCAAAUGCAAUUCGCCAGGCAUUGGCUGGAAGUGAUGAAGAUGAUGACGAAGAUAGUUGGAGUGACUCUUAAAAAGACAAAAGGCAAGGACACAUCCUUUUGGAUAUGCUCGUUGAAAAUGUUCAUUUCAUCCUAUAUGUUAAAUUCUCCAUCUUAGUGAAUAGCAAAAAUCUAUAUACAUGUGUAUGUAUGUAUGUAUGUAUGUAUGUAUGUAUGUCUUGUGGUCAGUGAUUUAUUCUUUUUUUAUUUAUUUAUCAACAUUCUCAUUCUGUUGGUGUAUAAAAUUCUGCUCUUCCUUUUUCCAAAUAUAUCACGGCACUUGGCUUUGCUAUAUUA